CGGCGGCGGCGGCGGCGCUGCAGCAGCGGGCGGGACUGGUAUGGUGGUUCCACAGGGCAGACCCCGCUGCACUCACCGGGAGGAGGCGGCGGCAGCGGCGGAGGAAGGCGGCGCAGCUCGAGAGGCAUGCCCAAAGAAAAAUACGAGCCCCCUGACCCUCGGAGGAUGUACACAAUUAUGUCCUCUGAGGAAGCAGCUAAUGGAAAGAAAUCACAUUGGGCAGAGCUUGAAAUAAGUGGAAAAGUAAGAAGCUUAAGCUCAUCUUUGUGGUCACUAACUCACUUGACAGCUUUGCAUCUGAGUGACAAUUCCCUGUCCUGUAUUCCUUCAGACAUUGCCAAGCUUCACAAUCUGGUAUAUCUGGACCUGUCCCAUAACCAAAUCCAGAGUUUACCGGCAGAACUCGGAAACAUGGUAUCACUCAGGGAGCUCCAUUUAAAUUACAACCAGUUACGAGUUCUACCUUUUGAGCUGGGAAAACUGUUUCAGUUGCAGACUUUAAGCCUGAAAGGAAAUCCACUUACCCAAGAUAUAUUGAACCUCUGUCUGGAGCCUGAUGGAACAAGAAGGCUACUGAACUACUUACUCGAUAAUUUGUCAGGUACUGCAAAAAGAAUUUCAACGGAACAACCACCUCCAAGAUCUUGGAUCAUGUUACAAGAACCAGACAGAACAAGGCCAACUGCCUUGUUUUCUGUCAUGUGCUAUAAUGUUCUUUGUGAUAAAUAUGCGACCCGGCAGUUAUAUGGCUACUGUCCAUCAUGGGCACUUAAUUGGGACUACAGGAAAAAGGCCAUUAUUCAAGAAAUCUUGAGCUGCAAUGCUGAUAUUAUAAGUCUUCAGGAGGUCGAAACGGAGCAGUAUUACAGUUUUUUUCUGGUAGAACUAAAAGAGCGUGGCUAUAAUGGAUUCUUUAGCCCUAAGUCUAGAGCUAGGACAAUGUCGGAACAAGAAAGAAAGCAUGUUGAUGGCUGUGCAAUAUUCUUCAAGACAGAAAAAUUUACUUUGGUUCAGAAACACACUGUUGAAUUUAAUCAACUAGCAAUGGCGAAUUCGGAAGGGUCUGAAGCUAUGCUGAACAGAGUCAUGACAAAAGAUAACAUUGGAGUUGCAGUACUGCUAGAACUGCGAAAGGAAUUGAUUGAAAUGUCAUCUGGAAAACCACAUCUGGGAACAGAAAAACAACUUAUUCUUGUGGCUAAUGCUCAUAUGCAUUGGGACCCUGAAUACUCGGAUGUGAAGUUGGUACAAACUAUGAUGUUCCUCUCAGAAGUGAAGAAUAUUAUUGAUAAAGCCUCUCGGAACCUCAAAUCCACUGUAUUGGGAGAAUGUGGAACUAUUCCGCUUGUGUUAUGUGCAGAUCUGAAUUCUUUGCCAGACUCUGGUGUUGUAGAGUAUUUGAGCACUGGUGGGGUAGAAACAAAUCAUAAGGACUUUAAGGAACUGAGGUACAACGAAAGUCUUACAAACUUCAGCUGUAAUGGGAAGAAUGGUAUGACCAAUGGAAGGAUCACUCAUGGUUUCAAGUUGAAGAGUGCCUAUGAGAAUGGCCUGAUGCCUUACACGAAUUACACAUUUGAUUUCAAGGGUAUAAUUGACUACAUCUUCUAUUCUAAACCUCAGCUGAAUACUUUAGCCAUCCUGGGACCUCUGGAUCACCAUUGGCUAGUUGAAAAUAAUAUCAGCGGCUGCCCACAUCCACUUAUUCCUUCCGACCACUUCUCACUUUUUGCACAAUUGGAGCUCUUACUGCCUUUCCUGCCCCAAGUUAAUGGCAUUCACCUUCCUGGCAGGAGGUAGUUAAGUACUUUCAGAGGACCUCAGAUUUACUUGUAAACUCAUGAAAGUCUGAAUAGAGGGGAGUGAGGUGUGGCCACUAGGGAUUUUUCUCAAUGAUCAUUUGAAUUUUCAGUCGAUUAUUUGAUAAAGGAUAUAGUAUGAAAGCCAGGUGCUAGUAACAGACAAAUUCUGAGCCCAGUAUGCUUUAUAUACUGCUAGACAGGGACUGGUGUGUUUACACCUAUCUUUUAAUUUGUUACCAGUAAUUUUCCUGUUUCUUCUCUCCAAUGUAUAUUGUCAUGCCUUGAAAUAGGAAGACGUGUGAGCAGUGUGCUGUUUGCACAGAAAUCACAGCACUGUUUUCUGAGGCCAGUAGUCACAUCAGAGACCACUCUUCCAAACUUUACUCCUCUCCUCUUUUUUUUUUUUUCCCAGUCUUUUUUGUAAAAUGUAGAAUUUGAAUUUAGCCUUUAUGAUUGUAUAUGAUCCACAGAAGACCUGAUUUAUGAAAUUUUGUACUAAAAAGAAAAAAACAAAUUUGAAAACAAUUGUAAGCUAGGGUUUGUUUUUGGGUGGCUUUUUGAUUUUGUUUUCUUUUUUCUUUUUCUUUCUUUCUUUUUUUUUUUUUUUUUUUUAACCUGUGUUCUGUGUUCUGAUGGCUGGCUGGUAACAAAGUUGUAACAUGUAACAGACUUUCUCUGCAGUGAUUUGCACUGUUGGGGUUUUGUUAGCCCUUUUGUACUACUUUAUUUUUAAAUUGAGAACAUUACUCUUUAAAUGUGUUUGCUUAGACCUUGGGGUAUUUUCUUGGACCAGAGGCAACUUAUGUAUGAAUUCCUGAAUUUCUAUGGAAACUUUCUACCAUGACAGAUAAGCUGAUCUGUAGUUAUUUAUGGACUGAAUAUGAUAGUUGACAUGUACAUUCUGCUAUUUUUAAAUCUUUUAACUUUUUAAGUUAAAAAAAUUUCAGCUGCUGAGGUACAGCUUCUAAGUCCUUUCUGAGACAUUGUCUGCUCUGUCUCCACUGUGCCUGCCUAAAUUUGUUCUCACCAAGCACUGCCUGUGCAUGCAGAGAAAAUCUGUGCAUCUUUUAUAUUUUUUAAAAACUAACAUUUGUGGGACUUUUAUGGAAAUGCUUUUGUAUGAGCUGUGGCUUUUCCUCAUUGUGAAGCGUUGGAUAGCACAUUCUGGAACAUGUUCUUGGGUCCUGGGUCUUUGCUCAUAGAUCCAAGCACUGCUUCUUGGUGCAAUUGCACCCAGAGUACCACUAUCAUGUGUAUUCCUUAUUUUCCUUUGUUUUUAAAAAUCAUUCCUUUUUAAAAAGAAGAGUAAUUUCUGUUUAUGAAGCAGUAUAAAUUAGAUGGAUUUUUCAAAACAGGUUCCCUAAGACAAUUGUUCGGAUCAUUUUUAAAGUGACUAAGGAAUUUUAAUGUCAACCAAGAUAAAAGUUAUUCUGUACCCUAUAUUUUGCCCAUAGUGCCAUUAGUAUAAUAGAAAUUAAAGUCACCUUUAACUUUACAAAGUUAACUUGUAUAUGUUCUGUUCUCAGUCACUGGUUCUCUCAAAAUCAAAUGAAUUCAGAGGGAACUUGUCUGGCUGCUUUUGUUUCAACUGCAGGCAGUGGAGCAGAAGGAGGCCGUAUGGCACUAAAAUGAACUGUUGAGUAGUAACAGUUUUAUACAGAGACUGAGCCAUUUUGGAUGACUCAAAAUUUUAUGAGAAAACAUUUAAUUGCUUAUGCUGUUUUUAAGAGGAAAUAAAAUUACAUACUGUUUAAAUAAAUGAAUUUUUUUUUUCUCUUUUUAAGAAAUUCUGUAAAAGGUCUUGAUCUUGAAUCUGUCUUGGACCUUGUUUUUCCUUUAAGGUUUUUGUUUUGUUUGUUUGUUUGUUUGUUUAAUCUUAAUUAUGAUGGUUUGUUUGUGGGUUUUCUUUUUGUUCAAGUUGUGCUGGCACCAAACACAUCCAGUCUGUAAUCAACACUGGUGUAGAGCCAGUACAUAGCUUCUAAUGGCUUUUUGUUCUUCUAUGUGUGUCUCUCUGUCUCUCUCUUGUAAAGUGUGAAUAUAAGAUGUAUUGACUUGAUUUUCAUAAACACUGUGUUGGUAGUGUGCAUCAUGACAAUUUCCAGUGAGAAUGAACUGGAGCUGGCUGGACUGAUGGGACUGAGGAAUCCACUUUCCCUGUGACCUGCUUAGAGAACCACAGGUCCAGAGAGCUUGGUGUGAGGAGCCCAGAGGAGCACUUACUUGGUUUUACAUUUGUUAGUGGAAGAUACAAUCUUUCCCUGGAUGCUGGAACUAGAGUGCACUUGUUAGAUGCUAAAGGUUUGAGCUUUACACAAAACGUUUCAUCUGUAUUCAUUAUUGUCUACAAUAUAUUUGCAUUUGGGGGCAGCAUAGUAAAAUAUAAUUGCCUAUUAUGUCUUGAAAGUACUUGUUUUGCCUCUUCUGGGCAUACUGCAUUCUGUGGGUCAGUUUGGACAUCUCCACCUUCUUUAGAUAGUGAUAAGUUGACCGAGAGUGUAGAUUUACAAGUAUAACCUUCAAAAGAAAAAUAUUUUGAAUCUAUAGAGAAUAAAUGUUCACACCAAAAUAGACUGAUACUUUUGUUAAAGCAAGGCUUUUUGUUUUAAAUGCUUUGUGUCCAAAAUAAUUUCCAAGAACUUAUACUCCUUAAAAUGCAUAAAACUAGUCUGUUUUCAUAAUGUAGAUUAUUUUUGGAAAAUUCUGUAAUAAAUAUAUGUAAUGUUUGCUAUACUGUAAUUUCAGUGUUCUUGCUGAUAAAUACAUUUUAGGAGUAUUAUACAAAAUUUUUGGAAUAUGUUUCCUGUUCUAAAGAUGAGAAGAUUGGAGGCACUCAAAUCCUUGUAAAUCUUUUGAAGCACAGUUUACAGUAUUGGUAUUAUUUAUGCUUUGAGAAUUUAAAUAAUGUUCCUUGAAAUUAAUUUAUGGCAUAGUAUAAAGUGAAGUCGUAGAAGUAAAUUGUUGAUUGCAACUUUAAUAAUCCCAGAACAUAGGCAGAACAUCUCCAAGAAAUUUGGUUUUGCUUGUGCUUUGAUUUGGUGAUAACCAGAAAAGCUUAUUUUGUAUAGCACUUUGAAACCUAAAGACAUAAUUAAAUUGGGUAGGAUGCACUUCCAAAUCUUAAACUGUAGUUAAAACAUCUAAGAUUCCAUUUUCUAAUUGUAACAUUUAUGGUUUAGAGUUUUACUUUUUCACUAUUUAAGCUACAGAACUCAUUUCCAUCAUGACCUUUAAGUUUGGUGGUCAUGUCAUAGGACAAAGCCAACACAGGCAAGACAAUUACAGGAGUUUGUCUCAAGAUGAAGUCAAUCACAGUAUCCAGUACAGGUAUUGCAGAUAAUUCAGAGGACUUAAGCAGGUGUCCUUCAACCAUAAGCAGUAUUUUAAGAUGUUCACUUUGUUCCUUUUGGUUACGUAAAUCUUAAAAACUGGUAUGUUGAUGUAGUUCUAAAAUAGAGUAGUCUUUAUUCACAGUACAUUAUAUUACGUAAUGUACUGGACUAACUCUUGUUUACCAUUCAUGUAACAAAACCCAGCACACUAUCUGCACUAAGCUCAAGAAUGUCACAUCUGCCUAGGCAGCUCUUUGAUAAGGGUGAUAAGAAGCUGAAUUUACACCAUAUAGACUGGUGGUAACAAGGGCUUUUACUGUUCUUUUCAGUGGAAUCUUCUUGGUCAAAUUGUAACUAGCUAGUAUUAUAUUUAUAUACAGGGUCUCUUUUCCUUACCAAUGUAUUUUCCUACUCAUAGCCAACCAAUAAAUUCAAUAUCUGUUUCAAA